UUGUUAUUGUUUUUUUUUUUUGUUUUUUUAGACCAAUCGGUGUUUAAUUAACAGUUAACGGUUGAUAAUUGUUUUCUCUUGGACAUCCUUUUAUUUUCCCCCUCCGCCGUUGUUGUGCAGGUGUUGGACUCAGGGAGGCGGUUUUGCUCUGUAGGUGACCUCCAUACUGACCUCUCAAGACCCGCUGUGAGUGAGUGCGCGCGCGUGUGUGCGCAGCGAUCGGCUGUCUGUAAACCAACACAGCAGCAGCACGCGCUCCUUGACAACACAGCCAGUGAAGCAAAGCACGCGACCAGAGGCUCCUGUGAGUUCCACGAGCUGGAACUUAGCUUCCCAAUUAUGCGCAGGUAUAUAUUUUGAUAUAAAAUUCAGCCAAAGCGUUUCAGUGUCGGCAACCAAAUGGACUGGUGUACGGGCGAACUUACGUGAAACACGUCCUCGAACUGACUGAACUGGGCGUUAAACUUUACAAGCACAGUGUGUAAAGGAUGGUCUGAAGUCUCAUGUUUACUUUCGCUGUUGACAUUUGUGUACAAUUUGGAAGCAGACACAUAACCACCGCACCACGACUCCUGCAACGUGACAACGGACGAAGUCUGUGCUGAAUAUGACAGAGGACAUCAUGACGGCUGUUCGCGGAAAUGUUUCUCAAGCUGCAGGUGCUUCGGGACCUAAAGAUAGCGGACAGACUACGCCGACAAACGGGGCGAUCCCCUCAUUCACACCGGAGGAGCUCACCGAGGACUCGUCGUCUUGCACCAGCGAAUUGACCCGCACGUGGCUGAAGUUCGCCAAGACCUUCAUCAUUAUCUUCCCCAUUUAUGUCCUGGGUUAUUUAGAGUUCAGCUUUAGCUGGCUUUUGAUUGCAGUUACUAUAUAUUUCUUUUGGAGGAGAAACACGAGAUGUAAGAACACGAGGCUGAACAGAGCUCUCUCCUUCUUUGAGCAAGAGGACACUGUUAAACCGGAGCUGGAGGCAACUGAGUUACCAUCAUGGGUUCAUUAUCCAGAUGUGGAGAGAGCUGAGUGGCUAAAUAAGACAGUGAAACAGAUGUGGCCUUAUGUGUGUCAGUUUGUGGAGAAGCUUUUUAAAGAAACAAUUGAGCCAGCCAUAAAAGAAGCCAAUGCCCAUCUCAGCACGUUCAGCUUCAACAAGAUUGAUCUCGGAGAUAAGCCUCUCAGGAUCAAUGGGGUCAAAGUUUACACUGAGAAUGUGGACAAACGGCAGAUCAUCAUGGACCUCCAGAUCAGCUAUGUUGGAAAUACUGAAAUUGAUGUGGAUGUCAAAAGGUACUACUGUAGAGCAGGGAUCAAAAGUAUACAGCUACAUGGAGUGCUGCGGGUGAUUCUUGAACCACUUCUGGGGAAUAUGCCGCUGGUUGGGGCGCUUUCCCUCUUCUUCCUCAAGAAACCACUAUUGGACAUAAACUGGACGGGCCUCACAAACAUAUUGGACAUUCCAGGGCUUAAUGGCUUCUCAGAUCACAUGAUUCAGGAUAUUAUCAGUAGUUACAUGGUGCUGCCCAACCGGAUCACUGUACCACUGAUAGGUGAGAUUGAACUGGCACAACUACGCUUCCCCAUGCCAAAGGGAGUUCUUAGGAUUCAUUUUCUUGAAGCUCAGAAUCUAGAAGUCAAGGAUACGUAUCUAGGUGGGCUGAUUAAAGGCAAGUCAGACCCAUAUGGCAUGCUGCUGGUCUGCAACCAGCUCUUCAGAAGCAAGACCAUCAAAGAAUGUCUGCACCCCAAAUGGAAUGAGGUGUAUGAGGCACUAGUAUAUGAACAUUCAGGACAACAUCUGGAAAUUGAGCUGUUCGAUGAAGACCCAGAUAAAGAUGACUUCUUGGGCAGUCUAAUGAUUGACUUGAGUGAGCUCCAUAAGGAACAGAAGGUUGAUGAGUGGUUUGACUUGGAAGAAGUAACUACAGGCAAGCUUCAUCUGAGAUUAGAGUGGCUGUCUUUGUACCCAAGUUCUGAAAAACUAGAUCAAGUUCUGAGAGGCAUAAGGGCUAACGACAAUCUCUCCUCAGCUCUGCUAGUUGUUUACCUAGACUCUGCCAGAAAUUUGCCGAGUAUCUUUGAGGGCAACUUUGGCUGUGGAAACCUGAAGGAGAGGAGGGCCUCUGGUCUAGUCUUUUGUGAGAAACCUGACUCUCUCUAUAGAACUUUAUUUUCUGGGAAGAAAGUGAGCAUAGAUCCAAACUCUUUUGUCAAACUGACUGUAGGACAAAAGACUAACACAAGCAAGGUGAGGUAUAAAACAAGUGAGCCACUGUGGGAGGAGACCUUUUCGUUUCUUAUCAACAACCCCCGCACUCAGGAACUGGAAGUUGAGGUGAGGGAUAGUAAACACAAGUGCUCUCUGGGUAGUAUGCAAGUGGCACUUAGUUCUCUUCUGAAGGAGCCAGAAAUGACACUGAAUCAGCAGUUCCCCCUGCAGAACUCCGGUCCCAGCAGCACCCUCAAACUCAAGAUUGCUCUCAGGGUCCUCUGUUUGGAGAAGGAGGUUUUGUCCAGUCAGCAAUCAUCUGUCCGAGUCAGACACACUUCUGUGUCCUCGCAACCUCAAACAGCAACCAGCAACUCCACAGUCAUCCAGACGCCACACAACCCAUCACCUAACUCUCCACCAGACGCCUCGAAAGGGAAAAGAGGAUCAGGUGGCUCCCCAGUGAGGUUAGCAGAGACAGGCCGCAGUAUCUCCUGUCUGGGGAUCAGUAGUUCGCACGAGCACCCAUCUCACAGAGACUCUAUGCACAGUCUGGCCUCUGACAUUUCACUGCCUUGUGCUACACUUGAACUGCAACAGAGAUUACAUCAACUACAAAAUGGCUCUGGAAUAAGCCAAUAUCCACUUGGUGAAGUCCAGCUCACAAUUCGACACAGCUCCCAAAGGAACAAACUCAUUGUUGUGGUUCAUGCAUGUCGAAACCUCAUUGCACUCACCAGAGAUGGCUCAGAUCCCUAUAUCCGUCUGUACCUGUUGCCAGACAAAAGCCGGAGUGGCCGCAGAAAAACCAGCACACACAAGAAGACGCUCAACCCUAUCUAUGACCAAUCCUUUGAGUUUAGUGUGUCUAUAGUGGAAUUGCACAGGAGGACUCUGGACAUUGCUGUAAAGAAUGGAGGAGGACUGCUCUCCAAACACAAAGUACUGCUGGGCAAGGCACUUGUGGAUUUGGCAAGUGAAGACAUUUCUAAAGGAUGGACUCGAUGGUAUAAUCUGACUGAGGAUGGAUCAAAGAAAAUAAUUCAGACGUAGCAGUCCAUACAAGAAAGCAGGACCGAGCAUGAUAAUGGAACACUAGAUAACUGGGACACUGGCAUGUCAGAGCCCAAGCAUUCCCUGGCAGAAAAGCAGUGUUUAGCAAACUAAACCUGGCUACUUCUACUGGGAUUUACACUGGCCUACAAUGUACCUCUCUCAUUCACAGCAGACUAAAAUUGCCACCUUAAGCCUCAAUGCGCUUUUUAUCCUCAAUUUAUGUUUUAUCCGUUUAUUCACUCUCUCUUAUUUGUGUUUGCUGCACGUGGAACACAUGGUUUCACUUUCCUGUGUCAAUGGCUCUUAAAUGGUACAUAUUACAAAUCAUUUGGGUUCCUUGUGAACAACAGUUAAUGAACACACAGUUAUUUUGACAAUAUUCUCAGUUUUAGGGUUUUGUACUACUUGAUGUUAACAAAUUGGGAAAAAAAAAAAAAAAAUUAUUUCUGUUGUCAGAAAGUCAAGACGUGUUCAUGUAGCAUUGUUGCUUGAAACAGGAUAUUAUAUAAAACACAUGGCCAAAGAGGUGGUUUAGGGUCACAUUUGCACAUGUGGGUUGCAAAUGAAAUAAACUCUGUAUGUAUAUAUGAACACUUUUUUUCCCCCAGUAUAUUUUUUUGAUGCUUUGAUUUCGACUUGGUGUACUUUGGUUAUCUACCACAGUAACGGAAAUCUAAGUUAAGCUUAGCGCUUCAUAAUUUAUUGAUAAUACUUUAUUUUAAAAGUAUUUUACUGUUUCCUGUUACACAGAACACAAAUGAAAAAGCCUGUAUAGAAACAGUAAGCUAAGAGUAAGCAAAAUAGUGUAUAUACUAUGUGAAAUAUAUUAUUUGCUUGGUCGCACAGUGUAUUGGUUAUGGAUUGUCUAAAGACUGUGAAAUGGCUGUUGGUUUGAUUUCCAGCCUUAUUCUUCUCUAUGCAUUGUGCAUGAUAUUACUGAAAUAUAAAUUUAGCUUGAAUUGGUGAACUCCAUUUAUUUGAACCCUUUGAGUGUGAUUCUCUUUCUCAGAGAGCCUAUGUAAGGCAAAAACUGAAUGUCUUUUAUUAUCUUUAUAUUAUUAUUAUUAUUAAAAAUAUUUUUAUUUUUGUCUGUUCAUACUGUUGUUUCUUCAUGAAGCAAUCUAAUAAAACAAUGCUGAAAAUUU